AAAAGGAAAGUCUUUUAUUAUUCCGACGAAAAGGAAAUCUCAUAAACAUUAAAGAAAAAAGAAUAAAUCACCUGAAAAUUCAAAAAAAAAAAAACAAGAAAGGAAAUUGCUUUGAUAAGUCUGAAGAUUUUGAUCUUCUUUCAUAUUGAGAUCACUCGACCCUCUCCUCUCUUCUUAUACAAUCUCUCUGUUUCCUCUUCGGUGAAAAACUCAGAACAGAACAAAAAAAAAUCACACCUUUCUCUCUUCUUUGUUUGUGUGUUCGUUCAUUCUUCUGAAAAAAAUUCGAUCUUUGUCGGGUCAUAAUGAGCAAUUGGAGAAGACAAAAGCCCAGAAACAACAACAACAAUAAUAACAAUUAUAAUAAUCAUCAUCAUCAACAACGAGGGACGACGAUGACUCAAUCGCCAAAGCCGCCUCUUGCUAACAGCAAACAGUCUGUUCCUGCGUGGGAGAAGGACUUCUGCGCUAAGGUUGGUUCAGUUCCAUGGUCCAAAGUCCUAGAAGCGAAGCGGUUUAUGCAUCUGUACGAGAGGGUGGUCCAAUGGGACGAUUCAGCUGGUGAAGACGCGUUCAACAAGGCUAAGUCUCAUUACUGGGCAGAGAUAAAUGGAGUUUCUUGCGACUUGCCUUUGCCUGAUCCUGAUGUCUACAUUGACGAUGUUGACUGGGACGCUCAAGUUGACAAUGAGCUGGUUCUUGACCUUGAACGUGGUGGUCCAGACCCGAGAACGAGAGAGGGAGAAGGAGAAGGAGAAGAGCGUGUGGUGAUUCUUGAUGCUUUGUUUUCGUCUGGACAGUAUAGUGGACAAGGUUGGGGAACAGGAUGGGGAGACGCUGAGGGGGUUAAAGAGAAGAAUGUCGGUUGGGAUGAUCAGGGUUGUGAUGGAUGGAAUCAGGAUUCUUGGGGGAGAAAGGAGGAACCUGUAGGUUGGGGUCAUGAGGACGAGAACAAUAACAGCUUCAGAAGAGAAACUUGGGAGUAUAAGAACAGAAGCAGCUUCAACUACAAGAAGGUUGGGAACUGGAACGGUAAUGAUCAUCAUCAUCAGGGAAGAGAGUGGAGAAAGAGAGGAGCAGUGCCACGUGAAGGAGAGCAGGUGGAUGAUUGUCGAUGGAGAAAUGGGAGAGGGAGAAGCAGAGGUGGGUUUCAGCAGCAUUCCAAUGGUUGGGGGUGGACUGAAACCUUCUGAAUCAAUCAGAGAGUCUCUGUUGAUAAAUAUUUUUUGCGAGGAGUGAAUCAACAUAGUUUUCGGUUUAUUAACUAUAUAGUGAGCGUAUGUGUAGAAGUUAAGGAUUAUUCGUGUUGAUGGUUUGUUCUAAACGUUUUUGAGAGAGUGUGUCACUCUAAAUGAUGCAU